GCUGCUUGGUAUUUUACUCUGUCCAAAGUCAGGUCACACUGUCCUGGUGUUAUGCAAAAAACGUCAUUUUUUUGACAUUUCGACAGAUUUUUUCCCUUUAUUCGAGCGAGUAGUCACCAUGGCGACGGCCGUGCCGCAUUGUCCCCCUAAACAGGACCUUCCACCGCCGGGCGGCUACAAGAAGAUCCCCUUUGCUCGCGUGCCACCAAAGAGCUACUUCACAGGCUUCACCACCAUCGGCACCUAUGUGGUUGUGACCACCGUUGGCCUGGGAAUCUACUACUUGACCGCCAAGAAGGUGAAGCGCGACGAGAUCGAGAUGCGAUCCGCCCAGAAUGUCAUCUUUCCUAUCUUGGUGGCUGAGCGGGAUCGUGAAUUCCUGCGCCAGCUGCGACGCAAUCGGGAUGAGGAGGCCGAGCUGAUGAAGAACGUUCCCGGCUGGGAGGUGGGCACCUGGUAUGGUGAGCCCGUUUUCAAGACCCUGCCCGAGGACACUCUGGUCACGCCCAUUUUCAAGGAGUUCUACGCCCACUCCGACUGGAAGUCGUACGCCAAGCGUGCCCACUUGAAGCUCUGGUCCUAAAUCGGCCUAGUUAAUGGAUUAGUUAAUGCCUAAGCCCGCUCCUUUUUGUUUGUAGAUCCGCCUAAGCGUCCAAAAAAGAAAGUAUCGACCAAUUAUAAUGUCAGAUCAGAUUGGCUGAAAUACGUA